AAAUAUAAAGCAAAAGCUGUGAUGGAGACAGGUCUUUUUGAUUUACGUGGAUGGGAAUAUACUCAUGACAAUUUGAAUAAUGUUUGCGGAGUACUUGGCUUGAAAUGGGAUAAAGAGAACGACACGCUAGCGCUAAAUAUUUCGAAUAUUGAGAAAGUCGCGGUUGACAAGAUAACUAAAAGGGUAAUUUUAUCGGUAGCACAUCGCAUUUUCGAUCCGCUAGGCUUUGUAUGCCCAAUAUCACUCGGUCCCAAAAUUUUGUUACAGGAAGCGUGGGCAGCUAAAAUUGGUUGGGAUGAAGAAGUGAACGAAAGUAUUAAGAAACGUUUUUUGGUUUGGAUCAAAGAAUUAACAAAAUUGUCGGAAGUAAAGAUACCGCGUUGCAUGUUAGGCGUCAAGCAAUCGGAAACGGACGUAGAAGUAAGUUUACAUACCUUUGUCGAUGCCAGCAAAUUAGCAUAUGCUGUGGUAAUUUUUUUAAGAAUUCAAAAGGGUUGGGACGUGCAGCUUCGUUUUGUACAAGCAAAGACUAAAGUUACGCCUGCCAAAAAAGGUGACACGGGUAAUUCUAUAAGUAUACCACGAUUGGAAUUAUUAGCGGCAACGAUCGGUGCAAGACUAACUAGGCAUAUUUUGAACGCCAUGGAUUUUAAAAUAGAUAAAGUAUUUUACUGGUCAGACUCGUCAACGGUUAUCACGUGGAUCAAUAGGGAAGAUAAUUGGAGCGUUUUUGUCGCGAAUCGGAUCAAAGAAAUAAGAAAUAUUUCGGAAGUUAAGCAAUGGCGGCAUAUUCCGGGCAAUAUGAAUCCUGCUGACUUGCCAUCACGAGGAUGUACGGUUGAUCAGUUAUUAGAAUCUCGGUGGUGGGAGGGUCCGGAUUGGCUCAAAAAGAAUGAAGAAAGUUGGCCUAAUUUUCCCGAUCAAAAUAUAGACGAAACAGAAGUACUGUCGGAAUUGAAGAGAUCAAAAAUUCAAAAUUCCGCCUUAAUCGCAUUAGCAAGCAGUGAUAGAGAAAAUAUGUUCAGUAGAUAUUCUAGUUUCUCGAAAGCGACAAAAGUAAUGGGCUGGAUCAAGAGAUUUAUUUUUAAUUGUGAAAAUUCUGCGUUGCGUAGGGAAGAAAACUUUUUGACGGCGAAAGAGUGUCGUGAAGCUGAAAGGAGUCUGCUAAAAAUGAUUCAAAGAGAAAAAUUCAAUGGCGUAACGGAUGAGAAAAUAAAAGAACUCAUGCCUUUUAUGGAUUGCGACGGCGUUAUUAGAACUAGAAGCGGGCGUAUUUCCAAAGAACCCAGACGCCUUGAUUUGUGAAUAUAUUUUAGGCUUUUUUUUGUUGUUUUGUUAUUGUUCAUAUUUCUUUUUGUAUUUUCUAAUGUUAUUUUUGUAUUCUAAUGUGAUGUUUCGAAAGUGUUUGUACUCGUUUUCACUCAGAUUGUUCGUGCUUAUGUAUUGUUUGUGUUGUUUUUCUUAAUGUUAACACCCAAUGUCAAUGUCCGAAUCUUGCAAAGUUGUGAAGUCCUCACUCUUUUCUCGUGUGGGAGGAUGUUAAAUCUGGCAACGCCUCCCCUAUCGACAACUUUGCGAACCUCAGAGUUGGUGGGGUUCUGUCAGUACCGAAAAGUCGAGAAAGUUUAGAAACGAGUGGG